AUGAUCUAUAUUAAGAACAUUGUCACCUUUGGAUACGAAGACAGGAAACGUUUUCUUUCUUUCUAUCAGCCGUACAUCUAUCUAUCUAUCUAUCUAUCUAUCUAUCUAUCUAUCUAUCUAUCUAUCUAUCUAUCUAUCUAUCUAUCUAUAUAUAUAUAUAUAUAUAUGUUCUAUUCAUAUCUACCUGUCUAUAUCUAUCUAUCUAUCUAUCUAUCUAUCUAUCUAUCUCAGUCUGUUCAAUAUCCCUCUCUCUCUCACUAUCUAUCUAUCUAUCUAUCUAUCUAUCUAUCUAUCUAUCUAUCUAUCUAUCUAUCUUACACGGUCUAUCUAUCUAUCUAUCUAUCUAUCUAUCUAUCUCAGUCUGUUCAAUCUCUCUCUCUCUAUCUAUCUAUCUAUCUAUCUAUCUAUCUAUCUAACACGGCCUUUCUAUCUAUCUAUCUAUCUAUCUUCAUCAAUUUUCUUCCUUACGGAUGCGUUAAUUUUUAUGAUAUUUUGUCUUUCAAGAGAUGA